CGUCGCGAAUUGUCGGUUUUGCUGCUGUCGCCGCAAUGUGUAGACCCUGCCAAGGGCCUAGUCAAAAUUUACCCCAAUAAAAUUUCAAUUUUUUAAUUUUCGGAAAUCCAAAUGUCUUAGCAUACAAUCAUGAGGAGCUCCAGCUCUGAAUUGCUCCUUGACCAACAAGAGGAGCUCAGGAAGAGGAAAAUUAAGGAGCUAGCCUUAGCUAAAAAGGCUCAAACGCAUCAGCAAGGAUCAAGAAGUUGUCGUGAACAAGCACUAUUUUAUGCAACUAGCUUGUUAGCUGUAUUGGCAAUGGCCGCAGGCUCCUCUUUGCUAUUCUUGGUACCACUUUACGUUGAUCCUGCUAUCUCCACAUUAGCCAGCGAUUUUGUUACUGAACCUGUCAACUGCGUUACUACUAGGCUAGACCAACUAACAGGUCUGGCAAACUGUUCAUGGAGCUCAUGUAGAGAGGGAUGUACAAGCGAUGCCUAUCACUGUACGCACAUCUAUGUAAGCUACAAUGGAACUGUAUCAGGAUUAAACAAUACAGAAGAAGCAAUACUUCUAGUUAAUAUAAAGGGCUGUGGUUAUCCGCCAAAAAUUAAAUGUGCAAACUUUACAGACACCUUUGGGGAAGAAGGAACAAUUUUUCCCUGUUAUCCUUCGCGGGAAAAUGGAACUGUAGUAUUAACUCACUACGUUAAAGAUGAACAGAUUGCCAUAAUAAUCCACUACUUCGCUGUGCCAUUCGUGGUUACCUUGGCGACAUCGGUAGCACUUUGCGUCAUGCAUUGCGAUUGCACGUGUACUCCAGCUCGACGCAGGACCAUAAAAUCUCGCAGACCUCCAAGAUUACCAUUAAGACCUGAUUAUAGUGAUGGAUCUUUAAGUAUUGGUCUUCAACCAGCGUAUUCCUAACGAUUCUUUAAUAUAGUUAAAUUAAAACAAAGUAAGAUCAGUAAUGGACAAAAGGCGAAUUGUAUACAUUUUAAUCUAAAAAAAAAUAAUUUUUUCAUAGAGGCAAUUCUAUGGUUGCCAGAAUUAAAGCAGAAAGCCAUAGAGCGCCUAAUGUCUAUUUACAUGGUUUAAAUAAAUUUACCUUUAGACAAUAGCAGUGGUGUAGCGUGGAGGGCAGGAAAAGGCGAAUGGAAAAUAAAUUCUAAGAAAGUUCGAUGUAGAUCCGAAACAGUAAAAAAAGGUUGUUGAAAUUGUUGAAAACGUUAGGUAUUUUUCUCUAUAUGAAUCUAAUUAUUAAGAAAAUGUAUCGUUUUUUGCACCUUUUUUCGUAAGGAAGUAAAAAUUUAAAUUCGAAUUCAACUUUGCCUCAGUAACAUAUUCUAUGUUCACCAGAGUAACUGUUUUCCUUAUUCCAGAAUAACUUCGCAUUUUGCAAAACUAGGUACCUCUUUUUACAUUUUUACUUUACACACAUGUGCGGAAAAUUACCUUCUACCCUUAAUAUAUGUGGAUCUACUGCAAAUAGGUUAUUUUAUAAUAAUUUAAACAGAUAGUUUGUGGGUAAGGCGCCUACACUGGUACAUUCCUUUUAUCUACGUUGGUACUGGUAGUGGGAAUCAAAUGGUGGAUGUUUAAGAACAUACCUAAUUCAGUUGUUGCGAAAUACUCACAUGAUACUGGAAUUCAAUUCUCGUGUAUGACUAUAAAAUUCUGUCUUAACUUUACCAAAGGAAAAUCGGAACUCUCGUAGAAACCUUUAAGAAUUUCAAUAAUUGAGGUACCGAAGACAGGGAUCCUCCGGCCAUAACAACGUCAUGUUCGUCGAAAUAUUAACCUCUACAAGUAAUAGGUGAGUCCAGAAGCCUGGUUUUUAGAAGUCAACUACUUUUAUAUCUGUGAUUCAGAAAAACUAUAUCUGUGGAACUCAAGCCGCUCGCCAUGGAACAAACUGGUUUAUGACUUAGCAAAUAUUUCAUAAUCACUAAAUGGUUUAUUGUGCGCUGCUGCAAGUGGAUUCAAGUCAUACAAUCAAGUCUCUAACACGAAUGUGUCAGUCUCUUACAGAAUGUACUAGUGACACAUAAGUGAUUAGUUGGCAUAAAACUGGCAGUAUUAGUCGCCAAAUGAUUUUUUGGAUUAAUUUCUAUUGGUUUUGAGUAAUUUUGUUAAUUGUAAUAGUCGAACUUUAUCAAGAAUUAAUCAGUUUGAAAACAUGUUUUGUUUUUUUUAAUCUGCAUAUACAACAACAUCUCUCCCUUAUUCAAAAUAGUUCUUUGUAUUUUUUUUUGCACGUUGUGUCAGUCCAGAUUUUUAAGAUCUUCCCGUUGGAGUGUCGUUGCUUCGAAAGUUUUCCUUUUCAGGCGACUCCACCUAUCACAGAUACCUAGUAUGUGGUAUGAAGUUUCCUCCCCUGUACCGUAGUUUGGACAGAGUUUUCUCUUAUACGAAGAAGAUGUAGAUGCCUGUUUAGACUGAUAUGCCCAGUCAGGAUUUCCACCAAGUCUUUGAUACUCUGUCGGGACUUUAGAGCCGUCAUGGUCUGAUAUAAUUUCCUUGGGCUGCCCACAUCCUUCUGUCCUUCUCCAAUUCUUCCUUGUUUUUUUCCCAAGCCCAUUUAUUAAGUGCCUGGGAGAUUUGUUUUUUGCUAACACCUUCGUAGGCCCCGAACCUUGGUGUCCUGGAACCUACCUCAGUCUCAUUUCCCUCUAUGCUGCAAGCCUUUCCAAUGCGUCUCUGCAUUCCUGGACUAGCGCUGAGCCGGCCCUGGGUUUCUGAAUCGCCUUGAGAGCAGCUUGACUAUCAAAGUAGAUGAAAAUCCCCCGUUACCUUCCAAUGCCUCUCGUUUGUUUGCUACUUCGAGUAUAGCAAACACUGCCGCUUGGAAAACUGUGGUGUGUUUCCCUAGCGAGAAGGAUUCCCCUGUAUUCGUUUCCAUCCUGUACACUUUGGCUCCGGCUGAAUUGGUGCUAUUCAUCCAUGAUCCAUCUGGGUACCAGGCUUGAAAACCACUUGGCUCUUUAAUUUGGUUUGCCGACCAUUCUUCCCUUGUCGGGAUUUCGACUUGAAACCCCUUCUUUAACCUUAGUUUGCCACUUUCUGUAGUGCAUCUGGUCAGAAUUGGUAUGUUCUUCCACAUCCUAAGAGCAAUCGUCAUAUGACCUUAUCCUAAGUAAACAUUGCGCCACUCUCCGCUAUCCCUCAUCCUCUUAUGCGCCGCCAUGGUCUUCCUCUCAAUCCAGACUAGGAGGUCCAGUAGCCCAAGAAGAAUACUUAGUGGUGCCGCAGGUAUUGUUUUAAUUGGAUGUUGAUGACCUUCAAUACGGCUGGCCACCAUACCACGGAACCGUACGAGAUCUUCGGUCGUAUGACUGCAGUAAAGCCACUGAAGAACGUGGAGUUUUAGACCCCAUCUUGUACCUAUUGUUCGUCGUAAUUGCCAUAUUAGGGCUGUUGCCUUAUUUACUGCCUGCUCUACUUAAGUUUUAAACAUGAGCUUGCUGUUUAAAGUAACUCCCAAGCAUUUGACCUGCUGCCUAAAAGUUAGGCGAGUCUGAUACAUAAUGGGAGAUUUAAAGCCUGUCAAAUUCCGCGUCUUAGUAAAGAGAAUGAGCUCGGUCUUUUCAGGGUUGACCGACAGCCCUGUCUCUCGACACCACUGUUCUGCACGCGUCUUGCAUUCGCUCACGAACUGUGUUCACGAAUUUACUCGUGACCAUCACUAUGUCCGUCGUCCGCCUAUGCCUGUGUAUAGAAUCUUUCAAGUUCUAGCUUUUUGAGGAGACUGUCCAUCACCAGGCACCAAAGGUGUGGCGAAAGGCAACUUUCGGGCCCUUGCGGGCAGCCGCCUUUUACCCUGGUCUCGACACGACAGUCUCCUAGUGUAGCACUGAUCUUCUGGUCUUCCAGCGCCGUUUUAACCCACCUGACUAGUAUAAUGGCCAAUAAGAGACGGCCAUUAAUUCAGUUAACAACUGGUGCAAGGAAAACAAUUUACCUUUAAAUGCCCCUAAAUUUAGUGUAGUUUCCUAUACCUUAAAAAGAACUGUAUUACCAGCAUAAAAUUGAAAAUGAGAUCCUACCUAGAUCAACUUAUUUUAAGGACCUGACCCUUUUAAUGGCAUAUCGAAAAUAUCAUGCAAAGAAGUUAUAAACACCUAUUCCUUUCCUAUGGUACGGAUUCCUUUCCUUGACCUAUCCUAUACACGCCGGUAACCAGGCCGGAUGAUGCCGGAUGCAUCGUGGGGGAGGCGACAUCGUGCAUUGAAAAGUUUCGAUUGUAAUUGAUAAUUUAAUAUAGUGAAAGUGUCGAUUCGGGGAACAGGGUACAUACCCGACGGUUUUUCCGAAUCUCCUAAUCGUGCUGGCAAAUUGCCUCGUAGCAGAGCCAUCAAUUGAACAGAACAAGAAGAAGUUAAAAAUACUAAGCUUUAUUAUUCGGAACUCUCAAAUUUUUGACAAUAUCUCUAGUAUUAAACUCUUAUACUUUUUAUAAGUUUGUUCAAUUUUCAUAUGAUGGUUUGCUUUCAAGAUUAAGGAACAAGAAAGAAGAGAUUUAGUAGAUCUACAAUUUUUACAUAAAUUAAUUAAUUAAUAAUUAGCGUUAGUUGAUUCGCCGGAGAUCUUGCAACUUCUAUACUUACUCACUCCUCUUCUGUCAGCUCACAGUCCUCAAAUCUUUUAUCUUGUAAGACCUAGAACUAAGUUUUUCGCUUUUUCAAAGAGCCUGUAAUACGAACAACUCUAUACAGGAUCAGUGUGAUAUGUCAACUGUGAGUUGACCGAUAUUAAAAGAAUUCGCUUAGUUUAGAUAUUUUUGUUUUCUUAAGUUUUUAAUAAUUUAUUAAUCAAUAUAAAUUAUAAUUUGAUCUAAGUCAUUACAAUUUUUAUAUGUAUUUUUUCCACUUCAUUAUUGGAGUUUCUCCGUUGAGUGAUAUAAAUAAAUAACCAUCGGUUGGUAUAAUAAAUUUUUUUAAAUUAUUUCUUAAUUACUUAUGCGUCGAUGUGUGUGGGUUAACUGAGUAUUCAACUGCUUGAUUACGUACUUAAAAAGUUUCAUCAGAAAUUAGUUGCUACCCAGAUGAGGGGAAGUCGAGACACCGGCAAUCGAAGGAGAAAAGUAGCAAUUUGUAUUAAUACUACCAAUCGCCAACCCGAUUCGAACGAACUGCUGUUGUGUCUGCUGUUUAAUAAUUGGUUAUACGGGUUCUGUAGUGUAACGCAUUUCUAGACCCAACGCGCUUAAAGCACGCUAUGCCACUGAACAAUAGGAUUUUAUCACAAAAAGAUUGUUUUUUAUCGUCGAAUAUCGUAGUUAUUAGCUUAAAUUACAUUUAAAAAAUAAUUUCAUAUAUUUGAUUUAGAUGGAUCUUUUCCGCAAUGUCUCUUUUGGCGGUUUAUCUUCUACAAAAAAACUAAGGUUCUUAAUAUUAGUAAACGUAGACCUACUUUUGAAGUUAGACUAAACAGAUUUAACUAUGAGGAAAAUAAGCGCAUGGGCUAAAAAUAGACCAUUAAAAACAUAGCUACAAAUUGAAGCAUAUAUACCUUAGCUUAGAAGAUAGGGUUUUUUCAGGUUUUGUCACGAUGUGAGUGGUCAGUCAUACAGAUUGUAUUUUUAUAAAAAUGUAUAGUUUUGUUUAUAAAAUAUGUUAACAAUAUGAAUAAAUAGUUAAGUUAUAUGAGCAUAAAACUUGAAACAUAUUUGAUUAUAUUAGAAGUGUUGAUUUUUGUAUUAAAUUUUAUAAUAAACUGUAAUAUCUAUA